AUGCAGCCGGUGCAACCCAACCCCAGUCUCAUGGGGCUGUCGCAGUCGGAGGCAGUCAUCCUCUCCGAGAAGCUCUACCACAUAAGCAACGAAGGGUUCAUGUACUGCGCGGAGAAGUGCAUCACGCACUACGGCGAUGACGCCAUCCCGUACCACCCUGGCGAGAAGGCGUGCCUGGAUCGCUGCACCCACAAGGUCCGCAACGGCAUGGACAUGGCGGUUGCUCAAAAGAAAGAGUUUGAACGAUUGUUGCGCAGCGGUGAUCUGCCGUAUCAGUGGAUGAAGGACGCGGCAGCGGGUAACCUGUGA